ACCGACGGACGGACGACCCUCUCCGCCGCCGACGAAUGCUGCGUUCGCGAGGAGGAGCGGUACAAGCUGCUGCUGCGAGCCCAGAGAGGACGGACGAGUCCCCGGUGACAAAACCCCUACACACGGCGGCGACGCUCCACGGAUCUCCGCGGAGAAGCAGGUUGAAGAAUGGAGUUGGCCAACCAUGGUCUUAUCCUGCUGCAGCAGCUUAACGCUCAGAGGGAGUUUGGCUUCCUGUGCGACUGCACUGUGGCUAUCGGAGAUGUCUUCUUCAAAGCCCACAAAGCCGUCCUCGCUGCCUUCUCCAACUACUUCAGGAUGCUCUUCAUUCACCAGGACAGUGACUGUGUGCGCCUAAAGGCUGCCGACAUCCAACCAGACAUCUUCAGCUACCUCCUCAACCUGAUGUACACAGGCAAGCUGGCUCCCCAGCUGAUCGACCCUGCACGGCUGGAGCAGGGAGUCCGAUUCCUGCACGCCUACCCUCUCCUGCAGGAGGCAAGCCAGUCAGUGUAUUCACAACGCGAGCAAAGCAUCAACCUCUCCACCUCCCUCUAUGGCAUCCAGAUCUCUGACCAGCAGGUGGCGCUGUCAGCCAGACUUGCCUCUCGGCGGCAGAUCUCCUCUCCCUUAGAUGUCGAUCAGCUCAUGUCAGAGGGGAAGUUUCCAUCCAUGUCGGCGGCCACAGCUUCGUACGGCAACUCCUCGCCAUCCAAGAUGCUUUCCUCGCCUAUAGACAUGGAGGCCUCGACCAGUGGCGCUAAGCCUGAUGGUGAGGAGGGUGGAGCCAGCAUGCUGACUGGAGAUGGUUCCUUGGUCAAUGCCAUCCUCCAUGUUAAGCCCAGCAUCAUGAAGAGGAACGCCUCCUUUAGAAAGCAUUAUUCCUGUCACAUGUGCAGGAGCCGAUUCACCCAGAGAAGCCUGCUGAGAGAGCACCUCCUGCAGCACAGCCUAGCUGUUCAGCAGAGCCUGACUGAGCCCAGUAACGCACUCUCACCUGUCAUGUCGAUUGAACACAGCAUGUUGGAGGUAGAGGGGAUCCUUAGGGGAAGCAAGCCAGGUUCAAGUGCCUCCGCUGCCAGUACGGCGGUCGAGAUAAUCAGUGACAACGAGCAAACGCCUGUUUCAGGCACCAACUCAGACUCUCCCCGAGCAGAGGUGUCCACAUCCAGCUGGGGGGUGGGGGGAAUGAAUCAUCAGGCAGACACACCCCCUCCAUCAGACAUUGCGGACAUCGACAACCUGGAGAGCGCCGACUUGGACCGGGAGGUGAAGCGGCGGAAGUACGAAUGCUCCACCUGCGGCCGCAAGUUCAUCCAGAAGAGCCACUGGCGCGAACACAUGUACAUCCACACGGGAAAGCCCUUCAAAUGCAGCGCCUGUGGCAAGAGCUUCUGCCGGGCCAACCAGGCAGCGCGUCACGUGUGCCUGAACCAGGGCGCCGACACCUACACCAUGGUGGACCGACAGAGCAUGGAGCUGUGCUCAGCAGGAGAUGACAGCAGCCAGAUGGAGGCCAUGUUCUUGGGCUCAGCAAAGCCUUAUAAGUGUAACAUUUGUGCGACCACCUUCUCCAGCCCCAAUGAGGUGAUCAAGCACCUGUGCUUCACCCAGGGGGGAUUAGUGGGUCUUCAGGGAGACGCAGGAAUGCUGCUCCAACAGGAAGAUCUGUCUAAAGAUGAAGGCUCUGAUGCUUCCAACUCUGGCACCCAGCUAGAACCCAUUAAGACUGAGGAGAUCCUCGUAGAGUAGUGCCAAAACUGUGUUUCUGUCCUUUUUAACAUGUUUAUCUUCUAAAUUAUGGUUAAUACGUAAGCUAAAGCUAGUCAGGGUAUGUAUGAUGGAGGUUCUCGAGCUAAUAAUUAAAGUUUUUUUUGGUUUUGAGUACAGUAUUUUUUUGUUUAUUUGAUCCUGUGUUUGAAAUGUUAAUGGGUUCAUCAGCAUCAUAAAGAAAAGCUAAUACAAAUCACAUUUGGCUCAAUGUUAAGCUAAACCCCAGCAAGGGAGAUGAAAGUGUUUCCUCUCGUCGUUUUAGAGUCUCUGCACACGUAGACGUUCUGUACAAAAGGAAGAGGAAACGGAGACAGUUCCGGAAGAGAAGGCAUGUUGUGAGAUGAGUUGGCGUUUGUGGAGAGGAAACUUCUAACAAAAACCCACUCGAGCUGAACAGGACAGCUGUUUCUCUAUGGUUGUAUUCAGCGACGGUUCUGCACAUCCGGUCUAGAUAAUAAUCCCUGCUCUAAGCAAGCAGAAUAUAAAAGCCUGAGACAAUCUGAGUUGAUGUGAGAAAGUACAUUUCUCCUCCAUUUACAUCUUGGCUCAGCAGAAUGAACGUCUUGGUUAGUUUCUGUGUGAUUGCAACAUAUUUAAAACACAGCGGAUGUUGGUCAAAUCACAAGAAACCUUCAUUAUGUGAACUUUUCUUAUUUACUUAUUUGACAUGUUCAACCCCCCCCCCCUCCCACACACACACACAGCCCGCCCCUACACACACACACACAUACCUUGGUGCUAAGUGAUCCUGUACAAUGUGGUCUGCGUUAUCAUUUGCUUGCAUCUACUCUUUAAAAAAAACUAAAUUUAUUUCACAUGCUUUUCUAAUUUUGUAUACAGCGCUAUAUUUACAAAGAUUACAUUAUAUUUCAAAGUUGUAUAUAUCUAUUAGUAGACAAAUAGGUUUAAAGAUAGGAAUACAUUUGGCUUACCAAGAGUAUGUAUUAGGGAGAGGCUGGGAUGAUUCAAAUCUGAGCUUGAUUAUCUUUGUUUAAUCUUUUUAGAAUAAGUUCAGUUAUAAAGAUAAUUAUUUUCCCAUUGCCAAAUUUUAACUAAUUGCUAACCUCCUUAUUCAUUUUUGUAACAAAGGGAAACUUUCUCUGUAUUGUAGCUUGAUAAUCAUGUAAAUCUUCUGACCUUGUUAUUUGUUCUUUGUCUUUGUCCCGAACAGAUAGGAUAUGUAGUGGUUGCAACAUUAGUAGUUAAAGGACAAAACAUUGAUGGGAGAGAAUAUGCAGGUGAACACGAUGAAGUUGGUUUCAGGUUGGAGGUUUCAUUUAACUCAGGCAGAGGUGACAGUGUGACGGAGAGUUGGUUUUAAUGUGAUGUUUUCGAGAAAUCCGUGAACAGGGUGAUGUCUCUGGACACCGGUGUUAUAGAAAUGUGUUAUUUAUUAUAAACUUACAGCAACAUCUACUCUGGGACCACACCAACACUUCCUGUGUACUACUGAUGACUGGAAAUUGUGAAAAAUAUUUACAUCCAUGUCCAAUAAAUGUGAAGCAAGCAAAAGGAUGAGGCAGUUACAUAAUUUGUCCCGUUUAAACAUGUUAAGCGUGAUGAUCCAGCUCAAGCAGUAUAAUUUUAAAAUGAGAUAAUAACAGUGAAUAUCUGUUUUGAUUUCUGUGACGCAAAUCUGCAAUUCAACUGUGAACUUCUAACAUUUCAUCGGUUACAUUUCACAAUGUCCUUGGCUACACGUCUGUAAAACUGUCAAUAUUAUUGUUUCAUUAAGCAUUAAAUAAAUUCCAAACUGAAUUGUUGAGUAAGUAUAAAAUUUCACUUUUUGGUGCAAAUUUGUUGUUUAGGAUUUUCCCAAUUUAUCAAAUCCAUUAGAUUUCAAAAAAAGUCUUGUCCUCCAAAUUUCUACAUAAAAUCCUAUAAUUUCAAUAUCCUCUUCUGUGACCUGAUACAGCAGGGAUUACAGUAGACACCAGAUUAAUACUUUUAAAAAUUAAUACACACAAUUUAUUAAUUUGAUUCGUAAUAUAAUUUCAAAUAUGAAAGAUCAACCAAACCACACAAAAUCACAUUAAUGUCUCCUUUAAAAACCCAUCCCUAGUACAGUUAAUGUGCACUGUAUUUUUUCCAGUUUUUAUUUUAAGCCAUUUACACCCUUACAAAACUGUGGCCCUGCGACAAUGUUUUAUUUUUAUUUUGUAGUGUUGAGAAGUUGUUGCUCAGAUGCAAUGAGCCCAGUGUUCAGCUAGAUGGAGCUGUUCUCCUUUGCUCUGCUCAGGUCUGAUGUGAAGGGGAAAUCUAUCUGUUCUCUUUGGUAUAUAAAUCAAUACUCAACACAUUUUGUUUAACACAAAUUUAUGUUGAAACAUCAAUCGAUUUUGUCUGUGAGCAUAAUCUAACAAGUGUUUCAUAUCAACUGACAGAAAAGGAUUCUUGUUUGUGUCUUGUUGAAAUGCUGUACUACUGACAUUCAUUUCUUAGAGCUCCAUUCAUGUGCUUUCUAUAUGAACCAAUUGAAAUGCCGCCCCCCCCCCCCCCUCCCUGAAUUGUAAUUGAUCGUCUCUAACGCAAGUCUAGGUUGUGUCUUUUGUGUGUUUUUAACAUCUCGGUAUCUCAGGAAGAGGAUUGUGAAAUUGUGUUUUUCUCUCCACUGUUGUUAACCAAAUCAAUCAUUACAGGACGAGUGAGGACCCCAACCCAUGAUAACUGAGUGCACACAUACUCCCCCUAUCCCCUCCCCACCACCCCCAGUGUCCAACUGACAUCUACUGUGAUCGGUCUGUGUUCUCAGGAAUGUGAGCAAUCCUUCUGUACAAACCCUUUUUUCUUUAAGUGAAGAAUGAACAAUAAAAACGUGAUCUUUUUUUAA